AACCCCAGCGCGUCUUCCUCCAAACCUUUGUCCGGCAACAGGAUUAUCAGUCGUCUUCAAAAGUGGGUCGAUUCGCAUCACCUGGCUUCAUAGAGAGAGAGGAGAGAGAAGCAGCAAUGGGAGUGAAGAAGGGAACGACUAGGGUUUCGGAAGAUACAGUAGAGGAAUUGGCUCGUGUACCUUUGCAAGCCAUCCUAUUGGCUGAUAGCUUCGCUCAGAGGUUCCGCCCCAUCACACUCGAGCGUCCCAAAGUACUAUUACCGUUGGCCAACAUCCCUAUGAUUGAUUACACCUUAGCAUGGCUUGAAUCAGCUGGGGUUGAAGAAGUUUUUGUCUUUUGUUGUGCUCAUUCUGGGCAAGUGAUUGAUUACUUAACUAAUUCCAAGUGGUUCAAUCAGCCAAACUUUUCUAUCAAGACAAUAGAAUCUCACAACUCUGUUAGUGCUGGAGACGCACUGCGUUUGAUUUAUGAGCAGCAUGUGAUACAUGGAGAUUUCGUUCUUAUAAGUGGAGAUACAUUGAGUAACAUGUCUCUGACGCAUGCACUUGAAGAACACAAGGAGAGAAAGAAAAAAGAUAGUAAUGCUGUAAUGACCAUGGUUAUCAGGAAGUCAAAGCCUUCACCGCUUACUCGCCAAUCUCGGCUUGGUACUGAUGAGUUGUUUAUGGCCAUUGAUCCUGAAACAAAACAGCUUUUAUAUUAUGAGGAUAAGGCUGACCAUUUAAAAGGGACAAUAUCUCUUGACAAGAUGUUACUUGCUGAUAAAUCCUCUGUUUCUGUUCACAACGACAAGCAGGAUUGCUAUAUUGACAUCUGCUCUCCAGAGGUGUUGAGUCUUUUUACUGACAAUUUUGACUAUCAACAUCUGCGCCGACAUUUUGUCAAGGGAUUGCUUGUUGAUGACAUAAUGGGUUAUAAAAUUUUCACCCAUGAAAUUUACUCAAGUUAUGCCGCUAGAAUUGAUAACUUUCGAAGCUAUGACGCUAUUAGCAAGGAUAUUAUCCAAAGAUGGACGUACCCGUUCGUGCCAGAUGUCCAAUUUACUGGGAAUAGCACAACUAAACUUGAAAGACUUGGCAUGUACCGAGCAUCAGGGAUAAUCCAAUCACGUUCUGCCCAAAUUAGUCCAUUUACGGUAAUUGGAAAUGGCACUACAAUAGGGGACAACACAAGAAUUUCAAAUUCCGUUGUUGGAGAUGGGUGUAAGAUUGGAUCAAAUGUUUCGGUAGAGGGUUCUUAUAUUUGGCACAAUGUCACCAUUGAAGAUGGCUGUACAUUAAGACAUGCAAUAGUAUGUGAUGGUGUGAUAAUAAAGUCUGGAGCAGUUUUGGAACCUGGUGCAGUUGUGUCUUUCAAGGUGCGAAUUGGACAACAAUUUGUUGUGCCUUCAUACUCUAAGGUAUCAUUACUUCAACAGCCAACUAAGCAAGAUAGUGACGAGGAGCUGGAAUAUGCUGAUGACAGCAGUGGGAUUGCAGAAUUUCCAUCAACUAACAGUACAUCAGCAAAACUAACAUCUGAUUUAUCUGAGGUGCAACGGUUGGCAAUAUCUGAGGUUGGUGCUGGUGGAGUUGGUUACCUCUGGUCAGUUGGUGAAGGAGACUUUGAAGAAGAAUUAAGGCAUUCAGUUGCGCCCAUUCCUGCUGAUAAACUUGCUGAGAUUAUCGAAGUUGCUAAUGAUGAAAUGGAGAUGUCUGCCCAAGAUGGUAAUACUUUGCCGCCUUCAGGCGAGCUGCAGCCUGACUCUAAUAGUUUUAAUUCUGAAGAUAAUAUUGAGGACAGGGAUGACUAUAUCUUCUUUGAAAAGGAGGUUGAAGCAACUUUUCUGAGGGCUGUUCAUGAAGAUGUUAAAGAGGACCAUGUUAUUUUAGAAGUGAACUCACUGCGGUUGUCAUACAAUAAGACUUCAGUGGAUUGUGCUGGGGCAUUAUUCUAUUCUAUGAUGAAAUUGGCAAUAGAAACUCCCCAUAGUUCAAUUAGUGAAUUGUUUGCAAAUGCUACAAGUGUAAUUGGCACGUGGAAAAGAGUGCUAAAGUCUUACUUGCCCAGCCUAGAUGAGGAGAUUGAAGUGAUAUUGAAAUUUGAAGAAAUGUGCUUGGAAUCUGCUAAAGAAUUCUCUUCAUUAUUUGCAAAGGUUUUGCACCAUCUGUAUGAUAUAGAAAUUUUACAAGAAGAAGCUAUUCUUAACUGGGCCGCUGAAAAAGAAGGGGCAGAUGAAUCUGAUAAAGUUUUUCUCAAGCAGUCGGAAAUAUUCAUCAAGUGGCUCAAUGAGGCAUCUGAGGAAGAAGAUUGACAAGAUGCAAAUGGGUAUCUUACUAAUAGAUGAGUUUUUGUCCGAGGCAUUGUCAAUUCAGUCUGUCUGUCUCUUUUGGUGCUUAUGUUUGGCCGCAGGUUUUGUCCAUGUGUAGAAAUAGUGACCCGAGGAAAAACGACUUAAAAGUUCUUGGAAAUUAAUCUGAGAUCCAUUUUUUGUGCGUGCA